UUUAUGCGGCCUUGGGAGAUUUAGAUCCAGCCUGAUAUCAUCGCCCAACCAUUUGCCGCCGCAACGCCGCAUAAUGUCAAAGGCAACAUGAGCUUUCUCAAGACUCGGUAUGUUGCCAUGGCUUUCUUUGACUUGCUGCCCACCUAUUAUUCUCUAUUCUCCUUGCCCAAGCUUCUGUUUUGAUUUUUAUUGUCCCAUCCUAUCCCAUCCCACCCCAUCCUAUCCUAUCCCAUCCCAUCCUAUAUUCUUAUUUCAUCCUUCUUUAAUUGUUUUUAUUCUCUUUUUAAAAAUUCUAUUAAACCUCCCCCCCUUUCCCCCAGCGGCGGGGACUUGCCCCCCCUUCCAGACUGCCCGGUGCAAGGGGCUCAGUUCUUCGCCUGCCUGCUGCUACAUAAUACAUCACAUACAUAUGUGCUACAUACCUACAUACAUACGUGCCUUAUCUAUCGUGCCCAAGCGGGCGGCCCGCUCUGCGCUUCAGGGCUCUGCCUGUGUGCUUGCCGCUGCCCGUCAUCACCAUCUGCUGCCUGCUGGUGGCCAUGGGCUCCGUGCCAGCAGCAGUCAAUCACCAACUUGAAGCUUCUCCGGGCCUCUGCCCGCUGCAAGUCGCGGCUUUGUUGAUGCCGUCACCCCGCAAAGCGUGCUUUUGGCCUCGCUCACCACUAGCCUCGUUCUGCCCCCUCUUCGCUCGCUGACCGCCCAAUCAUCUGCCGCCAUCCCUUGCGCCCGCCAGUCUCUCCAAGC